UAUUACGUCAUCAAACUGCGCCGUUGCUCUGUUUCUCAAGUAGUUAAACGUUGUUACAGAUCAGAUUUGAUGCCAAAAAUAAGCUCAGACACACUGUGGGAGCAGGCUGCGGCGGAGGUCCACAGCCGAGACCCUGAAGGCGGGGAGGAGGACGGAGGAGAGACGGUCAGCGAGAGGACCGUGUUUCUGAUGGGGAGCAAGGCUGGGGGUAAAACAUCCAUUCUCCUCAGAUGCCUCGACAGGGAUGAACCAUCCAAGCCAACUCUGGCCCUGGAGUACACUUUCGGCAGAAGGGCCCGAGGACACAACACACCCAAGGACAUUGCCCACCUAUGGGAACUGGGAGGAGGGACCUCUUUGUCAGACCUGGUCCAGAUCCCCAUCACUCCUGUCAGUAUCAGGUCUCUCUCUGUCAUCCUCAUUCUGGACCUGUCUAAACCCAACGCCCUGUGGGGAACCAUGGAAAAGCUGCUGGAGGCAGCACAAAACCAGCUGGAGAAAGUCUCCUCCCAGGCACAACAAGCACAGAAAGCUAAACCCGGAGCCAAACACCAGACACCUGUUCACUCAGGGGCCCGUGUGUUACCUAAAGACUAUCCUGACAGAGAGCUGAUCAGUCCCUUUCCUGUUCCUCUGCUGAUUAUUGGCAGCAAAUACGACAUCUUUCAGGAAUUUGACUCGGACAAGAGGAAAGUGGUCUGUAAAACACUGCGUUUUGUUGCCCACUACUACGCCGCUUCUCUUAUUUUCACAAGUAUCAAGUUGGAGAGCUUAAUGUCAAAAACCAAGAACUUCUUCUCCAACCUGGCUUUUGGUCUGGACAGAGGGAAAACUAUGUCCAGUGACUCCACCAAGCCUCUCAUCAUUCCAGCAGGCUCUGACUCCUUCAGCCAAAUAGGUUCCCCUCAUACUACUGAUGUAGACAUUUCUUCUCUGCAUGCCAAAAACCCAAAGGACCUCUGGAAGAAAGUCUACGAGCGCGUCUUCCCCCAAGAGAAUACCAGUGAGCAGAGGGAAUUAAAGGAUCCAGCCAAAGACCCACAGUACAGUGAGCCUCAGAUUGAUGCCAUGAGAGCCCAGAAAGACCAGGAGUUGGAGCAGUAUAAAAGGAAUGCAGCUAAGUCAUGGAAAGGACUGGAGCUGGAGACAUGAGAGACAACCAGCUUUAUUGGUCAC